AGACUUGUGGGGGAGGGGGGAGGGAAGGAAGGGUUCCGAGGAACGCCUUAAGGAGGGAAUACGUUAUUAUGGGGCAGAAAGUGUGCAACCUGCAGAGUCAGCAGCUGUAAUGACUUCCUCUGAACAGAAUCAAAGUGAAAUUGAUUCCGAAAGAGCCACUACAAGUACAAGAUUUGUGGAAAUAGAGUCACGCUGCACCUACCCAAAUGAGAGGCGGGAGAGGAAUCAGAUUUACACUCUUCUGAGCAUCAGUAACAGCGUAAAUGAGCCAGAGGAAAAAUCACUGGAGUGUAUUAAUGGAACAGGAUGGGAGGAAGCUGUCCAAGGCUGGAGCAAAACAGCCCCAUUCGCUUAUCUUCAGUUACAAAAGAGAGCCAGAAAAACAAGGACAAGUGAGUCUGCCAGUGGAUGCCUAUACUGCUUAGAUCUGAUGCAAGUUAUUGACAAAGGUUUGGAACAAGACCCCAGGAGCAUAGAUGAAUUGAAAACUGAUUUCAGAUUAAGUACACGUGCUGCCACAGAUCGUAUUCCAGAAAAACCGUCCCUGGUUUUAUCAAAUACAACCAUAAACUCUUCUUCUUCAAUAGAAGACACUAAAAAAGAAAGCUGUUAUGGCAAAAUAUAUUCUAGUCAGACAACCCAAGGAGAAAAGAAAAAAAUGACCUUAAAGGAAGCUCAAGCUUCUCUAAGUGAAAGGAAGUUUUUUCUAACGAAAGAGAACCUGCUAUUCCAAGGAGAAAAGAAAACUGUGCCAAUAAAGGAGUAUAAUAUACUGUCUCCAGGAAAGCCUAAAACUCUGGAAACUGUGAAAUGCAAAGACACAAAAAGCUACGAGCCUUCCAUAUGUAAUCAGGUUGGCACUGAAGUUGCUACUGUUAAGCCGUCAUUAGUUCUGCCACCUCUGAAGGAUUCAGCUCUCAAAAACAGCCUGGAUCCUUCAGCAAAGAAAAGUAAGACAGUUCCUUCCCAGGCAAGUGAAAAAACAUUCCAUGGUGUUUCAGAGACGACUUCCUGUGGUCAGGUUUUUAAAACCAAAGAGCAAAAGUGUGAAAAAAGAAUAGACACAAUGGGUAAUGCAGUGAAGGAGCAAUUUAAAAUGCAGGAAAUAGCCUCUUUUGACACACGGCUUCCCAAGACUUCAUUCAUCUCAAGAAACUCGGAUCGGUGCUACUGGCAGUGUGCUCUUGCACCAGAUAGAAAAAUUGCAACCAUGUCUAAUUCGAUUGCACUGCGAAGACACAAUCAUCUCAACAGCAUGCAUUUUCUGCAUUCGAAAGGAACGCGGAUCGGCAAAGCCAAUGAGAUGCAAGACCCUUGUACCAGAAGCAGAAGUCACACUGGAACCAAACAAGGAAAUGAGUCAACACCACAGGAGAUCCCACUUCUUUCUGGACUAUUCCCUUCCUUAACGGAACAAGGCUGGGGGAGAGCUACACCUUUCACAUGCUGUAAGAUCCAAGAAAACCCCAAGAAACCAAGAUUAACCAAAACAGUCUCAAGCAUCUCUCACCAGCAUAUGGUACCUGCUAUUAAGAAAAACAUAGCCUGGGUGACUCAACUGGCGAGAGAGAGACAAAAAAUGGAUUGCAAAUUUACUGAAGGAGAAACAGUUUCAAGCAACAAAAAGAUUGAAGUUUCAUGCAUCAAACCGUACAACUAUGUCCCGAAGAUGACAGCCAAUGCUGAGGGAGAAAGGAUGAGAGGAAAAUUAGACUCUAUUCAGGCAUUCCUGGGUGAAAAAAGAACCUUGCCGAUAAAGGAAUAUGAAAUCAAGUACUCACAACGACAAACAGAGCCUGAAGUCCUCAAAUAUAAUGAGAUUGGACUGCCAAGAGUAAUCCACAGUAAUCCUCCAAACAGCUUGAGCUGUAUAACCUUAAAUGCAUUUUUGGUCUUCAGACCAGAUGAAGGCAAUGUAAUCAAUUUACAUCUAGAGCCCCCUUCAAAGAACGAAGCAACUGCAGUCAAGGGAAUUGAGGAAAAGGGCAGCACUGAAGCAGUCUCCUAUAGCCAUGCAAUUAAAAAAGUAAAGCAGAAGAGUGAAAAAAAGGUUGGUAUGAAUAAUAGUGAAAAAGCAAAUACAAAAAUCAUGUACCGCUCUUUGACUUGUCCAUUGUGCUAA